CUUGCAGACAAAAGAGGAUAAAAGUGAAUCGGAAAAUGAAUCCAGCUGUGGAAGUAAAAGCGGUUCAUCCUCCGAUUCCGAGAGCGAAUCCGGAUCUGGCUCGUCAAGUUCAAGCUCGAGCGAUAACGAAACGUCCAACAAUGGGCUGAACGUAUCGAAUCGUGACACGAGCGGUACAGCAUCGACGGCCACCAACAAUACAUCCACCGGCAGUAGUAGUAGUGGGGUGCGGAACUCGACGACCGAAAAUGGCCUUUCCGAAAGCAAAUCGAGUAUUAAUCGUCACGUAGAGGACGAAGAAGAUGAUGAGGACGCAUCGAAGGAUGAAUCCGAUGCUUCGAUAGGGAACGAUCGAGACGUUGUUGGCGCUGGCGCCAACCACCAUCGGUCACAAAACAAUCGUGUCCGGAGUUCGUCCCACUCGGAUAGAGAUUCGGACGAUAGUGCAGGGGAUGGCGAACCCGAACGGGGAAACAAUGCCACCCACAACCGGAACAGUGAUUCCGAUAACAGUGCGAGUAAACCGAGCAACAAUACCAUCCGCCAAAGUGACGACGACGAAGAGGAUGAGGAGGAUGAGGAAGAUGAUGAUGAUGAAGAGGAAGAGGAGGACGAGGAGGACGAUGACAAUGAUGAGGAUGGCGAGACGGCUAGGAAGCAACGGUUAGGUAAUGUGGCGCCCACAGUUCCACCGCCACCUCCACCCGCAGACGACGAUGAAGAUGACGAUGAGGAGGAUGAUGACGAAGAGGAAGCGCAACAGUCCUCCAAAAGCAGUUACGAUGAUGAAGACUACGCGGCGAACAAAUUGAGGCGGAAAAGUGCCCGAAAGAAAGCAGUUGCCGCAGCACGGAAACGACCAGCAGCCCAACCUUCGUCGAAAGCCAAGAAGAAGAAAAGCUCCAAUAGCCGAUGGAAGUCGGACACGUCGGAGAGUGAUGCCAGUGAUUCAGAUGAUUCGCGAGAGCAACGCUACAGGCGAAAACCACCGGCCGUUACUGCCGCCGCGAAGAAACGUUCCGCUGCAGCAACAAACGCCAAAUCGAAGGCUGCCUCCAAAAAGAAAAAGUCGAACGCGUACAGCUCCGACGAGGGUAGCAAUAGCGAUGACGAAAGAAAACGUUCGUCAGCUACGAGAAGGAAAAACAACACUGUAAGCUACAAGGAAGAGAGCGGCGAUGAGCCAACGGAUAGUGACGAUUUACUGGAAGUGGACCAGGAAGCGGAAGAAGCAGCGGCAGCACUGGCAGCCGAAGAGGAAAAGGCAGAAACGAUCGAAAGAAUCAUCGGACGUCGGAAGGGUCGUCGUGGAGCAACAGGUGCCGUAACGACCGUCUAUGCGAUCGAGGAGAAUGGUGAUCCGAACGAAGUCGGUGGUGAAGGAGUGGGUCGUGAGCUGGAGGAACAGUUUUUGAUCAAAUGGACCGGUUGGUCGUACUUGCACUGCACCUGGGAAUCGGAAGAAACGCUCCGGGAGCAGAAAGUGAAGGGUAUGAAGAAGUUGGAAAACUACAUCAAGCGCGAACAGCAGCUGGAACACUGGCGAAAGUAUCAGGCCGGACCGGAAGACAUCGAUUACUACGAGUGCCAACAGGAACUGCAGCAGGAUCUGCUUAAAAGCUACUACAACGUGGAACGCAUCAUUGCGCAAGCGAACAAAGCCGAAGAAGGUGAUACCGGGCUGGAGUAUCUCUGCAAGUGGGAAUCCCUCCCUUACUCCGACUCUACCUGGGAGGAUGCUGGCUUAAUACGGCGAAAAUGGCAGUACAAGAUUGUGGAGUUUCACGAGCGCGAGGAAUCGCGUCGCACACCGUCGAAACACUGCAAAGCGAUACGUUAUCGGCCAAACUUUAAGCACCUGAAAGUGCAACCGGAGUACCUCGGUGAGGAACGUGGGCUGAAGCUGCGUGACUAUCAGAUGGACGGAUUGAAUUGGUUGAUACUGACGUGGUGCAAGGAUAACUCGGUCAUACUGGCCGACGAGAUGGGGUUGGGCAAGACGAUUCAGACGAUAUGCUUCUUGUACUAUCUGUUCAAGUCUCAGCAACUGUACGGACCGUUCUUGUGCGUGGUGCCGCUCAGUACGAUGCCGGCCUGGCAGCGCGAGUUUGGCAUUUGGGCACCGGAGUUGAAUGUAGUGACGUAUCUGGGCGAUGUGCAGUCGCGUGAGAUUAUUCGCCAGUACGAGUGGUGCUACGACAGCACAAAGAAACUCAAGUUUAAUGCCAUCCUUACGACAUACGAGAUACUGUUGAAGGAUAAAACGUUCCUCGGAUCGAUCGGAUGGGCGUCGCUGCUGGUGGACGAAGCGCAUCGACUAAAGAACGACGAUUCACUGCUGUACAAAGCGCUGAAAGAGUUUGAUACGAACCAUCGGUUACUGAUCACGGGCACACCGUUGCAAAACUCGCUCAAGGAACUGUGGGCCCUGCUACACUUCAUCAUGCCGGAACGGUUCGAAUCGUGGGAUGAUUUCGAACGAAACUACGGCAACACAACCAACGACAAGAGCUACACGAAGCUGCACAAAGAGCUCGAACCGUACAUUCUGCGGCGAGUGAAAAAGGACGUAGAGAAGAGUUUACCGGCGAAGGUGGAACAGAUAUUGCGCGUCGAAAUGACGUCCAUUCAGCGGCAGUAUUACAAGUGGAUCUUGUCGAAAAACUUCGAUGCGUUGCGCAAGGGUAUGAAGGGUUCGGUUGGUACGUUCCUAAACAUUGUGAUCGAGCUGAAAAAGUGUUGCAACCAUGCGGCAUUAACGCGCCCGAUGGAAUUCGAAACGCAGCGCGACAAUCAGCAAAACGUGGUGCAGCAACUGCUGAAGGGUUCGGGAAAGUUGGUCCUGCUGGAUAAACUGCUUUGUCGGUUAAAGGAGACGGGCCACCGGGUGUUAAUCUUCUCUCAGAUGGUGCGUAUGCUCGACAUCUUGGCCGAGUAUCUACAGAAGCGUCACUUUUCCUUCCAACGACUCGACGGUAGCAUAAAGGGAGAGCUUCGAAAGCAGGCGCUGGAUCACUUCAAUGCGGAAGGUUCGACGGAUUUUUGCUUCCUGCUGUCAACGCGUGCCGGUGGAUUGGGUAUUAAUCUUGCCACGGCUGACACGGUCAUCAUAUUCGAUUCGGAUUGGAACCCGCAGAACGAUCUGCAGGCGCAGGCUCGUGCCCAUCGUAUCGGACAGAAGAAUCAGGUUAACAUCUACCGCCUGGUGACGGCACACUCGGUCGAGGAAAACAUAGUGGAGCGUGCCAAGCAGAAGAUGGUGCUAGAUCAUCUCGUUAUUCAGCGGAUGGACACGACGGGGCGUACCGUGUUGGACAAAAAUGGAGGCAGCAAUACGUCGAACCCUUUCAACAAGGAUGAGCUGUCGGCAAUUUUAAAGUUUGGCGCCGAAGAGCUGUUUAAGGAGGAGGAUGAUGGCGAUGAGGAGCUGGUGUGUGAUAUCGAUGAGAUAUUGCGGCGAGCGGAAACGCGCGACGAAGCGCCGGGUAUGCCGGGAGACGAGUUGCUCUCCGCGUUUAACGUCACGACGUUCGAUUUCGAUGAAGAUAAGGUUGUGUCCGGUGCGAAACCAACGACCGGUCCGGGUGGUGGCGGUGGUGUGGACCAAGACCAAGACACCAAGGACUGGGACGAAAUCAUUCCAAAGUCAUAUCGCGAGCUGGUUGAGGCGGAAGAGCGCGAUCGGGAGAUAAAGGAUCUUUAUCUACCGCCCCGAAGGCCGGCGGUGAAGCAGGGCAACAACCAGCACGGUGACAACGAUGCGGAUGGUCGGAAGGGAGGUGGUAAGGGUAAGAAACGGAAAGGUGGAGACGAUGAUAGUGAGGAGCUGGAAUCGGAUGGUGGCAGCGGUGGUGAGGAUGGCAAAACGAAACGAUCACGUGGGCGACCUUCGAACAAGGAGAAAAUCAACGGUUUUUCGGAUGCGGAGUUACGGCGGUUGAUAAAGAGCUACAAAAAGUUCCCGGCGCCAUUGAAACGGCUCGAAGCGAUCGCCUGUGAUGCGGAGUUGCAGGAGAAACCGUUGUCCGAUCUGCGGCGUGUAGCACAACUACUGCACGACCGGUGUCUGCAGACGAUGCGCGAAAUUGCGAAAGAGAUCGAAGCGGAAGGAAAAAAGUGUGCCCGCGCGGCCUAUUCCAGUAAGAUUGGUGGUGCAUCGUUUAACGUAAAAACGAUGAUGCAGUGUGUGGAGGAGUUGCAACCACUGGACGAGGUGAUACCGAGCGAUGCAGCGGAACGUGCACGCUGGACACUGAACAUAAAGACGCGGCCUCCCAACUUUGAUGUGGAUUGGAGCGGUGAGGAUGAUUCGCGGUUGUUGCGUGGCAUUUAUCAGUUCGGCAUCGGUUCGUGGGAAGCGAUGAAGAUGGACCCGUCGCUUGGGCUAGCCGAUAAGAUCCUGUCGAACGAGGCGAGCCGGAAACCGCAGGGUAAACAUUUACAAUCGCGCGCCGAAUAUCUGCUGAAGGUGCUGCGAAAGACGAUCGAGCUGAAGCGUGGUCCAUCGAAACCACGCAAACAGCGGAAACCUAAAGAGAUUAAGUCGCUGGCCUCGGUGACACCGGUUGGGGUGAGUCCGAUGCGGGAUAUUGAUUCGUCGAUAAGCUGUUCCAUCUCGGCAACGAUCGCUCACGAUGAGCAUUCGAACGGUUCCAGAGCGGCGGAAGAACAUUCGAAUCACCAGCAUGCUGCACACGGCAAGGAACCGCCAGACAAGAAGGAUAAAAAGAAAUCCAAGAAGGAUAAACAAAAGGGUGCGAAAAAGGACAAACAGAACAAAAACACAGGUCCGAUGCACUUUACGGCAAACAAUGAGCCGUGCGCGCUCAAUAUUCUGGGCGAUCUGGACCCGACCGUGUUUAACGAGUGUAAGGAGAAAAUGCGACCGGUGAAGAAAGCGCUCAAAACACUCGACAACCCGGACGAGUCGUUGUCACAGGAGGAGCAACUGCGCCAAACGCGAGCUUGUCUGCUGAGCAUUGGCGACCAGAUAAAUCUGUGCCUAGCUGACUAUCGGGAUCCGGAAAAGGCGAAGGAAUGGCGAAGUAAUCUGUGGUACUUUGUGUCGAAGUUUACCGAAUUUGAUGCGCGCAAGCUGUUUAAGCUGUACAAGCAUGCACUUAAGCGUACCGAAAGCGCAUCGAACUCGGGCGGUGGAGACAACAGCACGACGAACGCUUCGUCCAACUCGUCCCCGGUUAAGGAAGGCAAGGACGGUGGAAAGGGUAAGAAGGCUGGUGGGAAAAAGGAUAACGGACACAGUGAGGUCGCGGUACCACCAGGAGAUAGUGCGGAUGAUAACCGGGAGGAAGAUAAAGCGGGUUCUCGGCGUGAUCGCAAGGAGAAAAAGCGGCAUCAUCAUCAUCAUCACCACCAUCACCAUGGCGCCGGAAUCGGGGGACCCAUUAUGAGUGAUUCGGCAUUACAGCAGCGUGAACGUUAUCAGCAGCAUCAGCAAUCGGCGGCAGGUGGUGACAAUAGUCAUCACGUGACGGAACCGGGUGCAACCGGUGCCAAGGACGAAAGCUCAACGGCGAUGCAUUCCAAGCGACGUCUCGAGGAGGGGGAGUACGACGAAAACAGCAAAGAGUACAAAAGACUGCACGGCGAUAGUCGGAAUCAUCGAGAUCGUGAUAAGAAAUGGGACGAGUAUGGUCCGGACCGGGAUCGAAUGCGGAACGUGUCCUCAUCCCGAGGUAGUGCGCCGUCUACACCACAAAGUAUGCGUGUGUUUCCGGACGAUCGGGGGCCAACCUAUCCGGUCGAUGGAGGUGUAUGGCGUGAUCGGUUUGGACCGGACCAUAAACGGGAUCGAUACGAUGGUUACGGUGGAAGCAGUAGACAUACAUCUUCCGGCUAUCAUCGUGGAGAUCGUGAGCGGGAUCGCGAUCGGGACCGUGAUCGUGAUCGAGAUCGGGAUCGGGAUCGUGACCGUGACCGAGAUCGUGAUCGGGAUCGUGAUAGGGACCGAGCUUACAAGGACAAGCGAAGGUACCCUCCAUCCGGCCCGGGUGGUUAUCCCGGUGGUCACGGGUAUGGUAUGUCUCCUUCUACCGGCUACUAUCCUUCCGGCGAAAGCCCCUAUCGGUAUCCGAUGAGCAGCGGAGGCUAUCCACCUCCUUCAUCCCGACCACCCGGCGGUGCACCUCCGGUCGCCGUAGUGUUACCUUCUGGUGGUGGUGGUGUUCCAGGGGCUCCCGGUGUUGUACCACCUGCGGACUAUCUCGACUAUCGGCGGCCAGAAUAUGAUAGACGGCCACCGCCAGCGGCAAACAAUUAACUUAACACACGCCUCUCGUUCUAAGGUGUUGUUUGAUGAUCAUGAUGAUGAUGAUUAUUAAGCAAUAGAGAGGUCAGGUACAAAGAGGGUUGUAAAUACAGAGAGGAAAAGAGAGAGAGAGAGCUAAACAGGAUGCUAAAAAUGUUGGCUGUAAACAAGAGGAGUACGUAUACUUUGUGGCGCAUAUGUGCGGCUACAGUGCGGUGUACAUUUACAGUGUUCAGGGCGUUUAGAGUGAACGGUUUAUUAGAAGCAAUGGGGUAAGGCCGGGAUGGUUGGAAUCAUCGUCGCUGGGGAAGUGUAAAGUGGAAAUCAGAUUUACAUUAAGACUAUUUUAAAUAAGAAGGAGUGCAGAAGCUAGUUUUUAGUGUAGCAGAAUUGGUAUAGGUUUAGGUGUCCUGCGCGUUGUAUCUGCGGAUCGAGUGUUGGUGAUAAGCGCAAAAGCACCAGCCGUGCGCGUGCGAUUGUAUAUGUUUGUGUGCAUUUGUGCGUGUGCGUGACUGUAAGUAGAUAGAGUUUAGUUAAACUCGUGCGUGUAAAUGAUUUUAAUUUGUAAUCAUUCAAACAUUGCUUCACCUCACCACCCAUCGGAAACAUCUCAAAACGGAACCAGUAACCGCCGUUGCUACGGUUCGUAACUCACAAAACCACCCUCACAACAAAACCACACACAAUCCACACGCAUACACAAUCGUGUUACUCGGUAAGGUUUAUUUAUUUUAUGUGAAGCCGUUAAUAAGCAAUAGAAUAAUCUAUUAGUACCUCUUUUGAUACGCCUAGAGAAUAUAGCCAUGAAACAAAGAUGAAUGAAAACAUGUCGAAAAGCCGGAAACUGUGCGACAAUGAUGUGUGUUAAUGGGUAGCCCUUGUACUCCGAUUAAUGUUUUUGUUUGUUUUUUUCGUUUGUUCCUCCAUACGUAAUCACAUUAUCGUGAACUCUAAACUGCAUGGUACCAAAAUUGGCAAUCCAAGUUACAAAGGUUAGCCAUACAGCCGCCUUCACUCCCUAUCGUUUGCUGUAAAAUGACUUAUGUUGUAUAUUUCGUAGCGCUUGCGUAUCGAGUUUCAGUAAAAUAUUAUAGGCAUUAAACAGUGGCAAACAAGUGGCUGCAAGUUUUAUUUAGAUUGUUCUCAAAACAUGUAAACAAAAACCUUGAAAACACGGCUUCUGUACGACACGAAAUAAUUGUGAUUUUAUACUCUAAGUUUUUAUAGUGCGUACAUAACAAAUCCGGAUAAUAUGUUCAGAUGUAAUACACUUAUGGACCACAGCCAGAUCGAGGAUGUGAGUGAUGCAACAGCUGGUGGAAGAAUCACGCUCUGGACCUUUCCCCACGUUAUGGAGCGCUCGCGGAUAUGAUAGUGAGGAUAGAGCAGUAGUGUGGAAGAAGGAUGUAUUAUAUUGUAAACAUUUUUCUUCCAAAUCAUGCUAAAAAGAUACCAGAUCUAGAGGGGGAGACAUAAAACGGGGCAGCAAAACAGCAAGUUAUACGUAUAUUGGAACCGUGCUUCUACCACUAGAGCAACGGACAUUUCAGGGGGCAUUCAGGAAACAGGAUAGCAACAGCAUAGCAAUAGAUCACAUAGAAUAUGUACAGUUUAAAAGCUAUAUAUAUAUAUAUAAUUACAUAAUAUACACACACACCGUCUAUAGACAGUCGAUUGGGUCGAAGGCUGGGUUAGGCUUUAGAGAAUUCAAAACGAAAUUACAAACUGUGAAGCCACAUCCUGCUAAAUAACGAAAUUGAACAAACACACGGUUACAUUAACUAUACAAAUA